AUGCCCUUUGGGAUGAAGAACGCUGCCUGUACUUUCCAGCGUCUGAUGAACAGGGUGAUUUGUGGCCUGGAAGGUACAGAAAUCUAUAUAGAUGACUUGGUGGUACACAGCAAUGACUGGCGGACCCACCUGAAACCAUUCAUCAUAGCCGUUGAUGCCAGUGACGUAGGAAUUGGGGGAGUCCUCUUUCAAAGGAGUGAUGAUGGUGAAGUACGCCCCGUAUCUUACUACAGCCCCACCUGCGGUAAAUUGUACACUUCUUUGGAUCACGGGGCCCACGUAUGCAGGGGUAUUAUCACCUGCGAUAGCCACCUCGCUUGUUACGUCCUGCAAGUGUAUGUGUCACUUGCGACCUUCGCUUUGCGUCAUUUUCCCCGCCUGAGGAUCCCGCGGGAAGACGGUGCUGUCGUUCCGUCCCGGCACUGUUGGAGGUACUAUAGCCGUGAUCAAAGAGCGUCAUCACAUCUGCUAAGCUGCUCGUCUGGGGACCAAGGGUCCGUUAGGAGGAACGUAGGGAGUCAUUACCCAGGACUCUCCAGGAAGGACGAGGUUGCUCCAGCACGAGUGGAUGUUGGGGACGCUUCUCCGGUUAAACAAAGCCCAUAUCGCCUCAGUCCAGAGAAGCGUGCCAUUGUGGAAGAUGAAAUUAAAUACAUGCUGGAGCACAAUCUCAUACAACCAUCAAAACCAUUCAUCAUAGCCGUUGAUGCCAGUGACGUAGGAAUUGGGGGAGUCCUUUUUCAAAGGAGUGAUGAUGGUGAAGUACGCCCCGUAUCUUACUACAGCCGUAAGUUACUGGAGGCGGAAAGAAAGUACUCCACCAUUGAGAAGGAGGCUCUGGCAUUGGUGCGGACAUUGGUACAUUUUAAACCAUAUGUAACCAACUUUUCGUUCCCCAUAGAAAUUUGGACCGACCACAAUCCGUUGGUAUUCAUUGAACGUAUGAAGGGAUCAAACCAGAGGAUUCUUCGUUGGGCCCUUCAGCUACAAGAGUUCAAUUUAAUUAUAAUACACUUAAAGGGGUGGAUAACUGCAUCCCGGAUGCUCUCUCACGUAUCUAAGUUUUGGCCUCUCCCUCUGUUUCUUAGGGCCCUCUCCGUAUUCCUGGUUGCAUGUGUUGAGGUUACAUCCAUGUCUCGAGUGAGAACCGUGAACGAGAUUGCUGCAGCCUGGGACGAGGAGUUCGGACCCUACCUUGAUCUCAGACGUAGAUCCUAA